UUCUGUGAAAAUGAUGUAGUAGUCAAAUGUAUUGGGACUUGAUUAUUAGUAUAUAAGAGAAUGCUCUUUGGUUCAUUUGAAACCAAGAAAAUCAUGGAGAAUUCGAUGACAGAAUCAAGUGGUUGUGGUAAUGGUGGUCCGACAAAAUUCUUAGUGAAAACAUAUCAAAUGGUUGAUGAUCCAUCUACCGAUAAUAUAAUAUCAUGGAGUCAAAGUAACGACAGCUUCAUCAUUAAGGAUCCUGAAGAAUUCACCAGCAAUCUUCUUAGCAAAUAUUUCACACACAACAAUUUCUCCAGCUUUGUUCGUCAGCUCAAUACCUAUGGAUUUCACAAAAUAAAACAUGAUCAAUGGGAGUUUGCUAAUGAGUAUUUUCUGAAAGAUCAAUAUUGUCUUCUUGGUAAUAUUCACCGCAAGAAACCUGUUCACAGUCACUCUCAUGCAGAAAGAGAAAGGCAUGCAUUUGAAGAAGAAAUUGAGAAACUUUCUAAUGAAAAAGCCUCUAUUGAAUUAGAUAUUUCUAACUUCAAUAAGUACAUGCCGGCCAAAAAACUUCAUCUGGGUAAUCUCGUGCAAAAAUUAGAAGUAUUAGAGCAUAGACAUAAUAAUUUGAAGAAAUCCUUUGAAAUGAUUCUUCAAAAUCCUAAACUCAUCGAUAAAAUGAAUAAGAAAGUUGAGCUCAUUUUUUCGUCAAAAAUUUCCAAUAAAAGGCCAUUUGUUGAUGCUGGCGAAAACGCUUUUGUUGGCAACAGUAGCAACUGUGAACUAACAGAAGUUGGAAAUAGUUUGGCUGAUAAUGAAAACAACCUUGGAUUUGUGGAAGUUGAAAAUGAAUUUGCUGACAUUGAUGUCGAUUUUAUAUUUAAGGAUUUUGGAGAUCUUUUUGAUGACAAUGAUAGCAACUUUAAAUUUAUGGAAGAGGGAGAAAGUGCACAUAAGGUUAUGGGUGAAGGAUGGUUACCAUAAAAAACCUAGACAAUAACAACUUUUGGAUUUGCACCUGGCAAAGAGGGUAGAAUAAAGAAUAUGAUGGUGGAGAAUAUUUUCAAUAGAAAUUUGAGUAGUGCAGUUACAAAUGACUAUCUGUAAAAAUAUGAUGUAAUAAAAGAUCAAUCUAUAAAAAAAUACUCAAAGUUGCAAU